CCAUGUUUCUGCUGUCAGCCAAACCAAACUAACAAUAAACAAACAAAAAAAUCCACGUUUAUGGAACCACCCACCAAUUAUAUUAUUUUUUUCUUUUUUUUUUCCUUCAAUCCAAACACUAGUCUUAUUUUAUUUUCCUCCAUUAAAGCCCUUCUCCUCCUUUCUGCAAAGAAAGGAAGAUGGCCAAAAACACAAGAUGGGCUUCGUUGAUUUUCAGACUCUUCACCAUAUUUGUGGUCAAACUUCAUCUGGGCAUUGCUAUUCCAAGCUUCUCGAGGGACCCACUUGCCCAGCAGAGGCUUGACAGGGUCGAGAAGCUACCUGGUCAGAACUUCAUUGUGAGCUUUGAACAUUAUUCUGGUUAUGUCAGAGUCAAUGAAGAAUCUGGGAGGGCCCUUUUCUAUUGGUUCUUUGAGGCUGCUGAGGAUCCUGCUUCUAAGCCCAUUGUUCUCUGGCUAAAUGGAGGUCCUGGAUGCUCAUCAAUUGCUUAUGGAGAAGCCGAGGAAAUUGGCCCAUUUCAUAUUAAGCCAGAUGCAAAGACACUGUAUUUGAAUCCAUAUUCUUGGAAUCAAGUUGCUAACAUUCUGUUUAUUGAUUCCCCUGUUGGAGUCGGUUUCUCGUAUUCAAACGCAUCCUCCGAUUUGCUAAGCAAUGGAGAUAAAAGGACUGCCAAGGACAACCUUGAAUUUUUAUUGAAAUGGUUUGAACGUUUUCCUCAGUACAAAGGAAGGGAAUUUUAUAUUGCAGGAGAGAGUUAUGCAGGACAUUAUGUUCCUCAGCUCAGCCAAGCAAUUGUAAGGCACAAUUCAGCAACAAAGGAAACAUCAAUUAAUCUGAAGGGCUAUGUGGUGGGAAAUGCUUUAACUGACGAUCACAAUGAUCACUUGGGAGUUUUCCAAUUCAUGUGGUCGGCUGGCUUGAUAUCUGAUCAAACAUACAAGUUACUUAACCUUCUUUGUGACUUCCAAUCAUUUGUACACACCUCAAAUUCAUGUGACAAGAUUCUAGACAUCGCUUCCGAAGAACUCGGCAACAUUGAUCCAUAUAGCAUCUACACCCCCCCCUGCCAUGCUAAUGACAGCCAGUCAAAUCAACUGCUGAAGAGAAUGCAUAUGGUUGGUCGCAUUAGUCAGAAGUACGACCCUUGCACCGAGAAGCACUCAACUGUGUACUUCAAUCAACCCGAGGUUCAAAGGGCACUUCAUGUAGAUCCGGAUCAUGCACCAUCUAAAUGGGAUACGUGCAGUGAUUUGGUAUAUAGCACCUGGAAGGAUUCUCCUACAACAGUGCUUGACAUUUACCAUGAGCUGAUACAUUCAAGUCUUCGUAUAUGGGUAUUCAGUGGUGAUACAGAUGCAGUUAUACCAAUAACAUCAACCCGAUACAGUAUAGACGCUCUUAAGCUUCCAACUGUUUGCCCUUGGCGUGCUUGGUACGAUGACGGGGAGGUAGGCGGUUGGACACAAGAAUAUGAAGGACUGACUUUUGUAUCUGUAAGAGGCGCAGGUCAUGAAGUUCCUCUACACAAACCAAAACAAGCUCUUACACUCAUUAAAUCCUUCUUGUCAGGAUUACCAAUGCCUAAUCUCAACCUUGUUAGUGAUUCUUGAGGAUGUCUAUGUGUUACCACAACAAGAGAUUGUUUUGUAAUAGUAAAGAACAAUAUUAUGUAAAAAUGAUUAAAAAAUUAUACGUGAA